CCUCCCCGUGCGAGUGUCUCCCUCUCCCUUUCGCUCUCUCCCUCUCUCUCUUUUGUGAGUUAUAGCAACCGUUGCCUUGUGAAUCAAGCGCCAUAGUCACCGUAGUCCUGGCGACUGUUACCCAUCAACAACAACUACUCCUCUCCUCCUCCUCCUCCUCCUCCUCCUCCUCCUCCUCCUCCUCCUCCUCUUCCUCCUCCUCCUCCCCACCACCACCAUCUCCAUCACCCACCAACAACACCACAAUAAUCCACAGCCAAGAUGAGAAUUGGAAAGUAAUCAAAUUAUUUCAUUGUCAAAUUGAGUCUUCAAGUUACUGCUUACUUGGUUUUCCAUCAUAAAUGGCCACUUGAUCAUUCUGGCAUUUUAUGGUAGAGAAUACAUUGAGUUUGGCUCAUGGAAAGAAUAUGAGAAUCCUGGCUUCAUUCAAAGUAAACAGAGCUGAGAGAGCUUUCAAAUAAGUAACUAAACUGCUCACACUCUGGAGUGGUGCAAUAACUAAAUGGAAAAGCAAGAUUAAUUAAGCUCACCUUACUCUUCCACAACUACAUGGGUUUGGCUGAUACUUGGGUGAAUCUGAGUCCCAGCACAGUUGAAGAAUAAAGCAUAGUUGCAUCAGUAAUGAUGACUCACUCAACUGGGAGCAUCUCUCUGGAGACCAUCAUGCAGACAUCAGAGACUGGGUCGGACACAGGUUCAACAGUGACUUUACAGACAUCUGUGGCUAGUCAAGCAGCAGUGCCUACACAGGUGGUACAGCAAGUACCAGUACAGCAACAGGUACAGCAGGUACAGACUGUGCAACAGGUACAGCAUGUCUACCCAGCUCAGGUGCAGUAUGUGGAAGGAAGCGAUACUGUCUAUACCAAUGGAGCAAUCCGAACAACAACUUAUCCUUACACAGAAACGCAGAUGUACAGCCAAAACACUGGAGGGAAUUACUUUGAUACUCAAGGGAGUUCUGCACAGGUGACUACCGUGGUCUCAUCCCACAGUAUGGUGGGCACUGGUGGGAUUCAGAUGGGCGUCACGGGAGGACAACUCAUCAGCAGCUCCGGGGGAACCUAUCUGAUCGGCAAUUCAAUGGAGAAUUCUGGUCACUCCGUGACGCAUACCACUCGGGCCUCCCCAGCGACUAUUGAAAUGGCGAUUGAGACGCUGCAAAAGUCUGACGGUCUGUCCACUCACAGAAGCUCUCUUCUCAACAGCCAUCUCCAGUGGCUGUUGGACAAUUACGAGACAGCAGAAGGAGUGAGCCUUCCCAGAAGCACUCUGUACAACCACUACCUGCGACACUGUCAGGAACACAAACUGGACCCGGUCAAUGCUGCUUCUUUUGGAAAAUUAAUAAGGUCCAUUUUUAUGGGACUACGAACCAGGAGAUUGGGAACUAGAGGAAACUCCAAGUACCAUUACUAUGGGAUUCGUGUCAAGCCAGAUUCCCCUCUCAAUCGUCUGCAAGAAGACAUGCAGUAUAUGGCUAUGAGGCAACAACCCAUGCAACAGAAGCAAAGGUACAAGCCUAUGCAGAAAGUGGAUGGGGUUGCAGAUGGUUUCACAGGAAGUGGUCAACAGACAGGCACAUCUGUUGAACAAACUGUAAUUGCCCAAAGUCAACAUCAUCAACAGUUUUUAGAUGCAUCUCGAGCACUCCCAGAGUUUGGAGAAGUUGAAAUCUCUUCUCUGCCAGAUGGUACUACCUUUGAGGAUAUCAAGUCACUGCAGAGUCUUUAUCGAGAGCACUGUGAGGCAAUAUUGGAUGUUGUUGUGAAUCUUCAGUUUAGCCUGAUAGAAAAAUUGUGGCAAACAUUCUGGCGCUAUUCUCCCUCCACUCCAACUGACGGCACUACCAUUACUGAAUCAAGCAAUCUGAGUGAAAUAGAAAGUCGACUUCCGAAAGCAAAGCUGAUAACUCUGUGCAAACAUGAGUCUAUCCUGAAAUGGAUGUGUAACUGUGACCAUGGGAUGUACCAGGCUUUGGUGGAGAUUCUCAUCCCCGACGUCCUUAGACCUAUUCCUAGUGCCUUGACCCAAGCCAUUCGAAAUUUUGCAAAAAGCCUUGAAGGUUGGCUUUCCAAUGCCAUGAACAAUAUUCCACAGAGAAUGAUACAAACCAAGGUUGCCGCUGUAAGUGCCUUUGCCCAGACUCUGCGAAGAUACACAUCGCUCAAUCACCUGGCCCAGGCAGCUCGUGCAGUGCUUCAGAACACGUCUCAGAUUAACCAGAUGCUCAAUGACCUCAACCGUGUCGACUUUGCCAAUGUCCAGGAGCAGGCUUCCUGGGUGUGCCAGUGUGAUGACAACAUGGUUCAGAGACUAGAAACAGACUUCAAGAUGACUCUCCAGCAGCAGAGCACCCUGGAGCAGUGGGCCGCAUGGCUGGACAACGUGAUGAUGCAAGCCCUGAAACCCUACGAAGGGAGGCCCAGUUUUCCGAAAGCUGCCAGGCAGUUUCUGCUAAAAUGGUCUUUCUACAGCUCAAUGGUUAUUCGGGACUUAACCUUACGCAGUGCUGCUAGCUUUGGCUCCUUCCACUUGAUCCGUCUACUCUAUGACGAGUAUAUGUUCUACUUAGUAGAGCAUCGUGUUGCUCAGGCAACAGGAGAGACACCCAUAGCAGUCAUGGGCGAGAUAAACCUUGUAGAUGAAAAAAAUACUUCUAUCAUGGAACUCUUUAUAAGCAAACUUCCGAAUUUUGGCGAUUUAAAUGCUGUGUCUCCUGGAAAUCUGGAUAAAGAUGAAGGCAGUGAAGUGGAAAGUGAAAUGGACGAAGAACUAGAUGACUCUUCAGAACCUCAAGCCAAGAGAGAGAAGACGGAGCUGACCCCGGCGUUCCCGGUGGGUUGUCUGCAGCCUGUUCUGGAGAGCAGCGUGCAGCCCGGCCUGCUGAACCCCAUCCACAGCGAGCACAUCGUCACGAGCACUCAGACUAUCCGGCAGUGCAGCGCCACAGGCAACACUUACACUGCGGUCUAAGGAAUAUUAAAGCGUAUUUUCCCAGCUAACAGUAACCCUGUUGAUAUUGGGCUUCAAUUGAGAAAUUAAUAAGCCUGAAGGUCGGCUGUUGUCAAAUUCUAUCUGUGCUGAACAUUACCUUUUUGGAGUUGUGAAAUGGAAUGGGUGUAUGUAUUUUGCCAGGUCUUUUUUUUUUUUUUUUUUUUUUUUUGUAAACAAAUUAUUUGCCUCUUAAUAAUAAGAGUUUUUUUCCCCUUAGUUUCGGGUGUCAAGAAGGAUUUUUACAACACUUAAUAUUUUUGUUUUCUUAUAAUUAAAAGUAAUUUACAUUUUUGUAGCUGAAAAUAUUUUAUUGUUGAUUGUUAGUCUUGGUGUAUGAUUUCAUGUGUGAGUUUUUAAUUAGAUGCACUUCUGUGAAAUAUCAAAAGAAAUGCAUUUUUUAUUUACACUGGAGGCAUGCCCAUUUGGCAGCAGAUGCAUCAAAUUUGCUUUUGAAAGGUGCUUUUCAUUGGGCAGAACCACAAGACACUAUUUUGAUAGCAUUUUGGAGUAUGGAGAAAGAAUACAGAGCAUUUUUAUGAUAGUGCUAGAGGGUUGGGAAGGUCAUCUAUAUUUCUCUGAAGAAAAAUUGAGCUGUGCAUUUAUCAGUUCAGAGUAAAUGACAGAAUUGCCAGAGAUUAUGCUAAUAUGUACAUAAUUUGUGUACAUAAUUAUUAAAUCCUGUUAAUGCAAGCUUCCGUUAAACAUUGAAUUUUAACUGUUAUUUGCAUACCAAUUCCUCUGUGUAAUGACUACUGAUUCUGUAUUUGGGACCACUGCACAGAUGCGUUCUGCUGUUGAGUGGGGCUGUUAUAGUUAGAGACUGAAGCUGAAAAAAAUGACUUGACUUUUUUUUUUUUUUUUAAGUGUACAUGCUACUUAUGCUGAGCUGGACAUACAGGAAACCAUUCCAUUUGGAUGACUUUCUUUUAUUCCAGGUCUUUUUCCUAAUAGUAGUUCAAUAUGCUGCUAUUAUAAGAGAAAAUUUAUAGAAUGCAAGGAAUGUAGCAACCUGCAUAUCGUUCUUUGGUUCAAAAAUAUUUCCUGGUUUCUAAAGUACGUGGAUUUAAAUUUUAAACAGAACCUGAAGGCAGUGUCACUGGCACACCAUACUGUUGCUUAUCCCUGAUUCUGUAGGAUUCGGAUAGGCGGCUGGAUGGACCGGUGCCGUUGAAGAAUGUACAUCAGGGAUCAUCGUACCUCGGCUAUAACAUGGUGCCUUAAAACAGAACUGAAGCUAAGGUUUAGUAAGGCUUAUUUUGUUCCUGUAAAUUCCUCUUCAGUCCAUUUGACAAGCUGUGCCUGUCAUUGUCAGAUUCCCGAAGUAAGGACAGGUUACAUGUUCUUCAAAGGAAAUUUAGGGCAAAACAAAAAGACAAAAGAAUCAGUUUCCCUCUUUUAGUGACCAUGAACCUAUUUUUUGUUCUUAGAGCUGAAUGAUACUUGAUUAUAAUUCAGAUUGCUUAAGGGCAUAGAGUAGCAGGCUAGUUUUAAUCACCAACUUGUUACAUAAAACAUAUAUAUGUCAGACCAUUCUUAUCUAGUUAUAAUUUAAGAAAGCUAAAGUAAGUAGGUACUUAUCGAAGUGCAUCUUUUCCGUCUCAGUGUUUGUCUGUGUGUCUUGUUGUCUGUGUCCACGUGCACACACGAGUGCCCACGGGCAGAGUCAGCUAUCAAGGCAGGUGAGAUCCAGGAGUAGAUACACCAUCCCCAUUUUAAUUUACAUGAAGAGCCAAGCUUCUUUUAAGCACUCAAGUUAUUUACAACAAUACAAACAGACACAUCCGUUCAUUUAAAUUGUUCUUACAAAGCUAAUAAGUAAAAAUAAGUACCGAAAGCCAAAAAAAGGGAAAGCACAAAAUUAUUUACAGAUUAUUAAUGAGGCCUAUAUUAAAUUCAAGAUGUUUAUCUUUCCAGUUUUAUUGGAGUAAGGGUGGAGGGUGGAAAAAAGAGGGUGAGCCAAUCUGUAAAGUUAAAUCUACCAAAUGGCUUUUUGGGUAACAUGCAGUAUAUCUCAACUGUUGUUGCUCAAUUGCCUUAGACUACUCAAAUAACUGAGAUCAACAGGUUUCUUCAGUAAACGUUAAAUGAUUUAGAUGUAAUUUUUUAAUUGAUUCAAAUUUUGUAUUAUCAGCUCAUAUAUUCAAAAGUCUUUUGCUAGCUUAUCACCUUUAUCUAAAUACCAUUUAAAUAAUUAUCCCCCUUUUACUCCCUAAAAGGCAAUGAAUUUGUACCAUCAUACACACACACACACACACACACAGGCAAGCAAGCAAGACACCUUAAGCUGCAAAGACCGUAUAUCUACUUCAUUGUGCAUUAGGAAACAUUACAAGUACAUUUAAAUCAAAAAAUUAAAUAAAAAAAAACACUCUUGGGUUUGACUCUUCUUUCUUAAUUUUUCAUUUUCCACACAGAGAUUUAUGCUAUAUUUGUAUUGAACCAAUGUAUUUACUGGUAUCAUCUUGCUUAUUGAACAAUUUUAAAUAUAUUUAUUAUCAUUGUUUCCUUUAACUUAAUGUUGGGUGUAUUUGUUUUGUUAGAGGAAUCUGAUAAAAAUGGGCAGGUUUAGAUUAAUGAAAAUUGGAGACUGGGGAUCCUCUAAGGUUCAACAUUUCUUCUCAUUGUUCAUGGUUUGUUCUAAAUUUACACAGAUUGGGAAUUAAUAUUAUCUUUCAACUUGACUCACUAAAAAUGUUCUGAUCUCCUUUAUGAAUUAGGAACAUAAAUUCUUUGUGGACAAGUAUAGAUAGUUAUAACCCAUAGACAAAUAAUAUCUAUAAUCUAUGCUACUUCCUAUUAUUUGUAGUCCACACUAAGACACAUGCACACAUAUACAAUCACAAACAAAAAUUUUAACAAUUUUGAACUUGAGUUGUGAAAUGUAUUACAAAAUAAAAGCCUCAUAAUUUAUACCUUUGAAGAAAUUGGAGCAACCACGUAUAUUGCAUUUAUUAAACAUUUUAUUUCCUUUUUUAGUCACUGAAACUGUCUUUUUAAAAUAACAUUAGACACUAAUAACAAUAGGUUUAUUGAUAAAUGACCAGGACAUAUUUUAAGUACUUAAAUGUUUUGGGGCACUCUAAUCAAACACUAGUCCUGAAAAAUAUCUCUAUAGACCAAGUAAAUGAUAAACUGUCAGUGAGGAAAAUGUUGGCUAUUUUUAAUUUUCAGAAAAGCUAUUUCCAUUAAAUAGGAUCAAGUAUCAGUAGCAGAGUUUGAUCUUCAUGUACUAGUAUACAUCUCAAAAAGAUUUGCAUUACAACAGCCCAUGAACAAUAGGGUGAAAUGGGUGAACUAUCCACUUGGACCCGGUUUAAAAUUGUUUUUUGGAUAUUAAGUGGCUGGUCACUUUUUCAGGAUUUUCAUCCAAACUUUGUUUAGACUGACUGUAUAAGUCUUACUGCCUUUUCAGAAAUCUGCUUUCCUUUUUGUGCUUUUUCUUGUACUGUACAGCACGGUUCACGCACCUCUCUUUAGAUGGUGUACUUUAAAAACAAAAAUAAAUUUUAGAAAAUGGUUUUAACACUGCAAAACUAAAAUUAGUAGUGUGCAACGUUGACUGCCAUUGAUGUGUAGUAAACGAGUGAAAAUGAACAUGUUCUUGUAGAAUGCUGUCAAAAUCAUUCAGGAAUGAACGAGGUUUCAUUACUGUAAUCAUGAACCUUUUUACAUGAAUGCACUCGCUAGAAGUGCUAAAUGUGAUGCAUUUUCAAAGUUUAAAAAAAUCCUUCAAAUGAUAUAUUUGAGAUGUCUAAAAUAAUGCUGUGCUUGAAACAUUCGUGUAAAAGAAAAAGAAAAAAAAAAAAAGAUGUGUGUCACUCUGAUGCUGGUCCUCCCUGUGUGGACAGAAGUAAAAAGUAAAAAACAACGUUGGCAAGUCACCUUUGUGUACAAUCUGAGGCAGUGGUUAUAUAAAAAAAAAAGAUUGACCUUUAUGAUGACCUCCCCUUCCCCAAAUUCUCGAUGAGACAAUAACAACCACCAAAACAAUCAAAUCAAACCCUGUGAUUUGUAUGAAUCCCACAGGUCAUCGGGGAGAGAGGUUGACAUGCAGUGAAAAUUGGGCUUGUCACUAGAUCAGGUCAACCUCCAUGUAUGUGGUUAGAACAAAUCAAUUAAUGGAACCCUAGUAUUUCUGCAAGUUUGAUGAUUUAAGAAACAAAACAAGACUGGAAGAGAAGCAUUAAUUCAGUGCUUAGUUCUAGUGUUAGAAACCCUUGGAUGUAAUGCCUUGUAUUAACCCUUUGAGCAUUGUAAGAUAUACAAUGGGGGACAAAAGCCUUUCAGAUCCUUUAUUUAGACUUAGACCGGUAAAAUAUACUCUAUAUCCAAAUGUCUAAUUAUGCUGGUUUUUUUAAAGGGGGGGUAGGAAGAGAAAGUGUUCUCAUGCCGAACACUUGCAUUUUAUAUACGACUCUUAAUUUUCUUCAAGAGGGCUUGAUAUAUUUAUUCCCAAAUAUUCACUGCCAUCUAAGUAAGUGUACUGUUUACAGAAAAAAAAAAAAAAAAAGAAUCAACUUUUCUAGUAUCCCAGCAUGACUCUAGGAAAGGAGGACCCACACCUGGGCCCGGGGGCCCAUGCCAGACCGGUUUCUGCACAUUGAAAGUACCCAGAUUGCCUUUAAAAGGUAUGAUAAAGAAAGGGUUCCAUUUCCCCCCAGAAACACAACGAGCGAUCUCAUUUAUUUAGCUUUAGAAAGUACAAUUGCAAGUGAAGCCUUAGGAAGACAGGAGUUCGGGCGGCUAAAGAAAAGCUGAACUCUCUGGGGGCAGGUAAGCUGUUUGGAGUUAGAUCUCUCACAACACAUUGUUUGGGAAUUGCAUACAGGGCAUACUUUUAUCUGUGCUCCACACGUUAAUACUCUGUCAAAAAAUUACACAGAGGUAGAAGGGAGAGCAAAAGCACUUGAUGGGAGCUCAUCUGAUGCUAUGACUACUGCUUCUGAUAACCCGCAAAGGCCAGUUCUGCUCACGCAGUUGCUGACUCUGUUCCCGGGCACUCUGCGUGCACUGCCUCCGUUGUCCCCCGCCUGGUGGAACACGAGAGCAGCGUGGCCCGCAGAUGUGCUCGCGAUGCCCCUGCCGGGCACCGAGGAAAGCGUAGCCUAUUCCAAUGCCUGGUGAAAGGACAUCCGUGGCCUAGUGGGAGUUUGCCGUAAACGUUGCCUUUUAGGCAGUUUAGGAGGUCAAACCAUGCAAAUUACUCAUGUGUUAACAUGCAAUACUCAAAGGGUUUUAAUUUAACUCUCUUCUUUUGAAUUCUUCAUGAUGAUUUUACUGUAAAUGCUUCUCAGUUUGCAUGCUCUGAUCAUUGCUGCUAGUGAUUUUAUGUGCCAGUAGACCUGAGUUUAGUUUACCAAUUUUACUUAAAUAGUAAAAGCCACUUACAAAGUGACUGCCUAGGAUUUUUUUUUUUUUCUUUUGUUUGAACUAAUUGGUAAUAUGUCAUUUUCAAAAAAAAAAAGUGUGUUUUGUCUCUUAUUGGUUCUGGUAUUUGAUUCUUUUUUCCCCUCUUUCCUUUGUUUUUUAAAUAAAUUAUGAUGUUGGGAUUGGAAGCCCUGAGUAAUGAAAUCUUUGGUAAGAAUUGUUUAUGUAGCUCAAUAAUGAGGACAACAAACCUUUGUUAGAGGAAUUAUGAUUCUGGGGAGGAAAGAAAAAAGUAGAAACCCCCCAUUGACUGUUAAUGACAAGUAAAUUUUUUUCCUUCAAUGAAUUAAUAGUUUUGAACAAAUGAUUGCCUUGUUUUAACCUGCUAAACACAAUUUUAAAUGACCCAAUAAAGGAGGUAUUGAAUUUUAUGCGUUUAAAAAGCAUCUUUUGUACCAAAGCAAAUUUCUUUCUCAUCUGCAUCAUCAAUUGGGAUCUACGGUGGUGACCAAGGUGUUGGUUACAGAAACUUCAAGUGAGUGCCUUGAGAAAACUGGGAAAUUUGUGCCUGGGGUGGUAAACUUUUAAUUAGGUUCAUUGUAGUGCUUACCAAUCAGUAAUUCUACUAUCACUCAGGGCUUUCGUACCUUCUAGGUAAAACUCCUUUCAUUGUGUUUUUUUAAAAUACUGUGGUUUUUAUUUUAAGUGCCAUCAUUUAAAUUUCACUUAGUAAGUGGCAGAUUUCAUUAUUCAGUCCCACAAGCACAGAAACAUAGUAACACUAGGAGAUAUCUGAACAUUUAUUUUACAAUCGACUGAAUAUAUUAUGUAAAUGAGGUAAGCAACUUUUGUAGAGAUUGUAUGUGUGAGAUAAUGUAAUGUUCUUUUCCAGUUUUUGGACUACAGUUGAAUAAACUUUUUAAUUAUUUAAAAAAAAAACAAAACAUCUUUACCGAAUAACAUGUGAUGGUUUUUUGUAUAAUGUAUUUGAUUUUGUAAAUACGUAUUUCCUGAUGUGAUUUUUGUGAGAAAUGCUAAAUCUUUUAGUAUAUCAUGUCCUUUCAAGAUUGGCAGGAGCUAAAUAAUAGUUUGUGGGCGAUUUGUAUUGUGUACUGUACAAUAACUGGGGAACUUUUAUAAUUAUAAAAAUAUAUAUUAACUUUUAGUGUGUUGUUUAAACAAAUGACUGGAACAUACUAAAGAUCUUAGUAGGAUUUUUCUGAAUAUUUCAGACUUGAACUCAGGCUAGCUUUCUUGUGUUUUUCAAAACGAAAUGGUGUCUUGUCUUUUAAAAUCAAUAAAUUUGUUUCCUUGUUACAAA